AACAUUCGAGAACAAUCCACUCGGUCCAACCCCAACCGGACACACACUCUUCUCUUACCUCCCACUCUUCCACCUAACCCCACUCUCAAAAAUAGCCCCUUAAUAUUGUAUAAAUUAAAAAAUAUUGAAAAUUUGGGAUUUUUUUUCUUUUGAAAAAAACUUUAAUCUUUGUUAAUUGUUGUUCAAUUUGAAACUUGGGUAUCUGAGAAAAAUCAUAUUUACAAGGAUGCAACAACCACAACAAAUGAUGCCAGUGAUGUCCACUUUUCCUCAAACUAAUAUUACUACUGAGCAGAUUCAAAAGGUGUCGGGAUUCUUGUGGUAAAAUGGGUUUUGUUAUGUGAUGCAGUACCUGGAUGAGAACAAGACAUUGAUUUUGGCCAUAUUGGACCAUCAAAAUCUUGGGAAACUAGCUGAAUGUGCACAGUACCAGGCUAAACUUCAGAAGAACUUGAUGUACUUAGCCGCAAUUGCUGAUGCGCAACCACAAUCACCAGCUAUUCCAACAGAAAUGGCUCCUCAUCCUGCAAUGCAACAAGGAGGAUUUUACAUGCAGCACCCUCAGGCUGCAGCCAUGACUCAACAACAGCAGGGCAUGUUCACCUCGAAGAUGCCACUGCAGUUUAACAACCCGCAGCAACUGCACGAUCAGCAUCAACAACUACAGCGACAGCAGCAAGGUAAUAUUCCUCAACAAACCGGUAUGCAACUCGGAGGUGCCAACAGUGGAAUGCACUCCACUAAUGGUAGCCAGCUUACAACUUUAGGCGCGGGGGAUGCACGUGGAGGAAACAAACAAGACAACGCUGAGGCUGAACCUUCGGGCGCUGAUGGUCAAGCUAGCUCGGUGACUGCCCAAGGUUCGGAGGAACCCAAGUAAUGGACCUUUUAAUAAUGUACGAUAUGUCCACUAAGGGCAGUUGAUAGUAGGUUUAGAACUAGUGUUGUAUCUUAUGCUUGCUUUUCAUGAUCUGUUAUUAGAACAGUUAGGUAGUUUGUGGUUUUCCGUUUCUCUUUCGAGUUAACCUCUGUUGUAACUUGUAGUUAGAAGAAGAAAGCUUGUUUAGUUUCUGUAAUAACAUAGAACUGAUGCUGGUUUCUUUCUGACAUCGAUCAGCAUGGUGUUGUCUAUGAAUAGUAUUGUAUUGUAGUUUCCUCGAA